AUAAUACAUCAAUUUAUUUUUACAUGGUAUCAGAGCUAUAAGAUUUAGGCCUAUACUCCUCUCUUUCCGGCGGGCAGCCGGCCGGCCACCUUGCCUUCGCUGCCCGCUGGAGUUUUUCAACACAUACCACAAACACAUACCACAAACUCUUCUUUCUUUGUUUCCUCAUCUUUCAGUCGACUCCACGCCACAGCACCCGCGUUCGUCCCUCGCAGCAACUCCUCUUCUUCUUCGCCUCGGGCCACCGCUGUGACUCAGUCCCAGCCCAGGAUCGCUCAGUUCUCCACAGCUUCAGUUCUCCUUUACCCGUUAAUUCAAAUUUGCAAGCUAGUUUUGACUUAUCUCCUCCGCGAACGAUGGCUCUGAGCGAUCUCGCUUGCUCCUACGCUGCUCUCAUCCUCCACGACGAUGACAUCCCUGUCACCGCAGAGAAGAUUGCGACACUGGUUAAGGCUGCCAACGUGCCUAUAGAAUCGUCCUGGCCAGGCCUCUUUGCCAAGCUUUUUGAGAAGAGGAACAUUGAUGACCUCAUCAUGUUCCGGUUCAGUAUCGUCCUCCGUCCUCACCAUCCGCAUCGUCCUCCGUCCUAUGGAGUUGGGUUUGUUGAUCAUCGGGAGGCUUCUGUGCAAGCUCAGCACUCAGGUCCUGUUGAGCCCGAUCAUGCGCCUCCAUUAACAUAAACAAAACCAAAACCAAACAAUGGUCUAU